CCUCGAUACUUUAUCUCGCGCCCCCGUUCGGUUGAUAAAGAGCUGGCACCUGGCUCAUCUGGAAGUGUCUAGUCAUCAAUCGAGUUGGACUUGUGCGUUGCCUUCGGACGAUUGAGAUACAUUUUACGAUUGCCUCGGUAGGCUGGAACAUGGCGACAGAGGUGAAGGUGGAAGCCGGGGCCAACGGCUCAACCCCGUCGGCCAUGACGCCAGCCCCAAGCGGCAACAAUGCGACCGUCCCGACGCCAGUAUCGGCUGGAACUGGCAAUGGGACUCAAACACCGUCUCCAUCCAAUACAAACACGCCUUCGAACAACAGCCAGUCUGCUGGGUCAAGACGGCCGCCGCGGAAGAGCACCCUUACUCAGCAGCAGAAGAACCAGAAGAGGCAGAGGGCAACACAGGAUCAACUGGCCACCUUGGAGCUGGAGUUCAACAAGAAUCCCACCCCCACAGCUGCUGUCAGAGACAAGAUUGCCGACGAGAUCAACAUGACCGAAAGGUCUGUUCAGAUCUGGUUCCAGAAUCGACGCGCCAAGAUCAAGCUCCUGGCUAAGAAGAGCCUGGAAACCGGUGAGGAUCUGGAUUCCAUUCCGGAUUCUAUGCGCACGUACCUUGCCAUGCAGGCAAUGGAGUCGGGCAAGGGCCUAGGCGGAAGCUUCUUUGCCCGGACUGGCCUGCUCCCGUAUGGCCACGGGAACAUGCUUCUCGGUGGUGACCAGGGCGGACAGGGCAAAGUCUUGAUCCAUCAUCUUACCUGUCGAUCCCUGAACAUCGGGAGCUGGACACGAGUGGGGCAGAACACGAUGGACCUCAUCGUCUUCUACUCCCCGGAUAAGUGCACCAUGACCUACUACAUCAACAACGAGCAGGCUGGUUACAAGAUCGAGUACCCCUUCGCGUAUAUAAAGAACAUAUUCCUCGAGAACAGCGAGGGCGACCCGAACAAACUUGGUGGUAUCGUUAUCGAGCUGAAUCGGCCGCCGAACUUUUUCAUGGACUCGUCUCCCACCACAAACGGCUUCUUCCAGUGCAGAGAUUUCACCGAGGAUCAACAAGCGUCGCACUGUCUUGUCCACCACCUGGGCGGUAACCCGAAGGUCCUAAGCGGCCAGCUUGCCAAGCUGAUCUCACUUGAGUCGUUCAUUCAUCGCCAUACCUCCAACCCCUUCGUUGACCAGCUUCAUCCAAUGUCAGUCUCUGCGCCUGUCUCGCCGACAGGUCGGCCUUCUUCGCAGCCCAAUCUUGCCCAACCGCAUGUCGGCAUGUUCCAAGAGCAAUGGGGCAUCGGUAUCAACCCGGCCAUGCGUGGUCUUGGUCACAAGAGGCAGCGAAGCCGUUCGGUCCCAAUGGCAGUCGACUUCUCGAUGCUCCAGGCGCCCAUGCCCUCGUUCUGCAUCCAACACCCUGGCGAGAACCAACCCCACCCGCACAACCCCGAUAUCUACGCGCCCAUCCCUCAACAACCAAGUGCCCUGGGUCCAGUUGGCCACAACUUGCGUAUUGAUACUCAGGCUGGCUUCGGCUUGGAUAUGCACCAGUACCCAAUGUCGGCAACCACAGCGCCAUCGCCAUCUGACUACUCCAGCCCCAACUUCUUUGCGUCUCAGGGUCCGGAGAACACGCCGCUGCCGACCUCGAACUACAACACUCCGUACAGCAGUACUUUCCUCUCCCCGAUGGUCAAUCCUGCGUCGUUGGGCGUCCCCCCCUCAGUCUCACCUCUGUCCUUCACGAACCACGGAGAUCCUGCCAUUGUCGACCAGUCACCGCCCCUCUCGAUGAUGGGCCGUAGCGCGUCUGCCGAUGCCUACAGGGCCCACGACUCUUCGGCCAUCUCUGACGACGGCAGCGGCUUGAACGAGAUGUAUUCAAAACAUACACUCAAUCUACCCAUGCACCCGCAUUCGCCUGCCUAUGUUGAUGGCAGCCAGGCCGAAAUGGACAUGAAUCAGCUCGUCCAUUUUGACACAGUCGACCCCGCAAGUCUGUCACCGGAGAGCGUUCAACACCAAGGUCCCUGAGAAGUGGUGAGCGGCGGCGGCCGGUGCGAUUUUCGACACUUGGCCGUAGCAUCCCACAUCCGCAGCCCCUUGUGUUGCGCAGGGUGACGACGGCCCCGG